GUCAGGGCUCAACAUGGUGCUGGAAGCAACGGUGAUCUGUGUGGACAACUCUGAGUGGAUGAGAAAUGGAGAUUAUCUUCCGACUAGGAUGGAGUCUCAAGCUGACGCAGUCAAUCUCAUUUGUAACGUGAAAACCCAACAAAAUCCUGAAAGUACAGUUGGAGUGAUGACUAUGGGAGGACGAAGCCCUGAGGUUCUUGUGACACCGACUCAUGAUCUGGGAAAGAUCCUCACUGCUCUUCACAAUGUCAAGAUUACUGGCUCUUGCAAUUUCUGUUCCGCUAUUCAAGUAGCUCAGCUUGCGUUGAAGCAUAGGCAGAACAAGAAUCAGAGACAGCGCAUUGUCGCAUUCGUCGGCAGCCCACUUGAAGAUGAUCAAAAAGAUCUUGUGAAGCUCGGCAAAAAGCUCAAGAAGAAUGAUGUCGCUGUAGACGUUGUCAAUUUUGGUGAGACGGCAGAAAAUCAAGAGAAGCUUGAGGCAUUCAUCGGCGCGGUGAACAAAAAUGAAAAUAGCAACCUUUUGACCGUCCCUCCCGGGCCUCACAUUCUUUCGGACAUCAUUAUCUCUUCAACAAUUUGUAAUGACAAAGAUAAUCAAGGCAUGAUGGGAGCUGGCAUGGGAGGUUCGAGCAUGGGUGGUGGAUUUGAGUACACCGAUGACGCGAUGUACCCGGAUCUUGCCAUGGCUCUUCGUAUUUCUGCCGAAGAAGAAAGACAGAGGCAGGAGCGCGAGGCCAAAAAGGCUGCAGAAGAAGGCAAACCUGCAGAAGGCGGAUCGACUGAACCAGCAGCUGCCUCUGCUCAGGAGACUUCAAUGUAUGAAGACGAUGACGAUAUGCUUCAACAAGCGCUGGCCAUGUCCAUGCAGCAGGCACAACCGAAUGCUAGCACAUCAGAAGCUGCUAAGGAGGGUUCAAGCGCAAAGGCGACAGGAGGGGCUGAACCCAUGGAGGAGGACGACGAGCUUCAGAAAGCACUGCAGCUCUCGAUGGCAGGUGACACAGGUUCAGGUGCUGCUGCCCAGGGUCUCUUGCAAAACGCUGAGUUCCUGACCAACGUUCUUUCAUCCUUGCCUGGUGUUGAUACCUCGGAUCCCCGUGUUCAAGGAGUUCUUGUCGGGAUGAAAGGAGAAGAUGGAGAGAAGAAGGGAGACGAGAAGUCGGGCGAGGAAAAGAAGGAUGAUGAGAUGAAGGAUGGGGCGAAGUAGAGCAGCUUGUUGGAAACUGAGCUUCGGUGCGUAGGGCAGCUGUCAAAACCUGAAACAAUCUCCUUGAGGAAUUGUCAAUAUAUCACAAAUUGUCGUUUCG